ACAAUAGGCCAAUUAACUAAACAAAGUAGAUAUUGAGUUGGCCAAAAAGCUCCCUUGACGUUUUCCAUGUUAUGGAAAACUUGAACAAACUUUUUGGCCAACCUAAUAUUACAUGUCUAAGUACACUGGACACCCAGUAAGUGGAUUUUCUCACUAAUUUAUAGACAAAACCCACAACUAGCAGCGUGGGUAGGUGCUGAUCUAAGAGAGACAACAAAACUUUUUAAACUGGUCACUUCUGUCAGCUGAUCUUGCCUCAUAGAACCUGGAGUUUUUCCUUUUAUAGGAGUAUAGUACCACAUUCUUCUGUUUGCAAUGGAGAGUCAGUUGGUAUAUGCUGAUUUAAACUUACCCAGGGAUUCUGGCGUUCAAAGGUCAUCACCCCCAUCUCUUCUUCAGAAUCAUUGUCAGGGUCCACGUUGGCAUAACUUUGCCCUGAAAUUUGGUUGUGCUGUGAUUGUACUUCUUGCCUUGACUGUGAUUGGAUUGAGUGUUUCAGUGAUAUUCAUAAGACAAAACACAUCAAUAGAAAAAACCAGCAUGGAUGCUCAAGAGAACAGGAAGAAAGCAACAGAGAAACCAAUUCUGUUAACAUGCCCAAUGCACUGGCAACAAAUCCAAAAUAAAUGUUUGUAUUUUCAUGAAACUUCCAAACCUUGGAGUGAUAGUCUAGCUGACUGUUCCACAAGAGAAUCCAGUCUACUGCUUAUUCAAGAUCAGGAAGAAUUGAGACUCAUACAAAAUCUGAUAAACAAAAAAGCAAUUCUGUUUUGGAUUGGAUUAAAUCUUACAUUAUCAGAGAAGAACUGGAAGUGGAUAAAUGGAUCCUUUUUAAAUUCUAAUAUAUUACCAGUUUAUGGUGAUGCUAAAGAAGACAACUGUGUUUGCAUAUCAAAGACACAAUUUAUUUCUGAUACCUGUUCUUCAGAAAAUAGAUGGAUCUGCCAAAAAGAACUAAAACUGCCAGAAAUAAAGUAAUAUGUUCUUCCAGUUGACCUGCCAUCCCCCUCCAUCUCUUUAAUUUCCAUUUCAGAUCUCUGUCAUUUUAACUGUAUAUAUUGUCAUAGUGGCUCCAUGCACAUUUUGUGGUACAAAGUGAACACACACUAAGAAUUCUAAUUUUUGUGAAUUUUACAAAAGUUCAUGUCUAGCCUCCUCAUUCCAUAACUGAGAAAACUUAUACCUAAAGAAAAGAUGUCUCAGGGCAUGUGCUCAGGAGUCGGAUCACUGGAUCAUAUGGUAGUUCCAUUUUUCAGUUUUUUAAGGAACUGCCAUAUACCG